AUGAUAGCCUCGGCUGAUCUGGCCAAAUAUUGUCGCGACGAUGUCGAAGUGCAGGCCGUAGCAGUCGAGUACUAUGGGAAGGCUGUUUCCGCUUUGCAGGGAUCGCUGAACGAGGAGCUGACUGCUAUGGCUACAUGCAAUCUACCGGGAUCCGAUUACACCCCUUUGGCAGUGCUACUGUUGUGUCUGCAUGAGUGCCAGAACUUUACGAACAGCACGCGCAUAGUACCCCAUCUGAACGCUGCCACUGCGCUCCUGCUUCGUCGCCUGCAUUAUACUCCCGAAGACCUGGCACUACGAAGCUUUUUGUUCGAACUAUUUUGUUACUAUUUCUCCCUGGUGGCCUUCUCACACGGCUCUAGACUUUCUCUUCCUCAAGCGUCUGCCAUCUUCAACUCUCCCAUUGUCACCCAAUAUCUCCAGCAAGGCAAUGUCAUGGGCACAUCGCAGCGUCUCUUCAUGUGCAUCUUUCGAAUAUCCAUAUUGGCAGAGAAGGUCACAUCCGAGCGGCAGUUUCACGACUCACCGGCACGGACGGAGCUUACCGUGCUUGAGCAACAAUUGCUCACCUGGCGACUGGAGCUUCCCCUUAGAAGAGACGCAGAUGUCACCUGGCUUAACGAUGCAAUAACAUCCGAACUCUACCGCCUGGCAUGUCUGAUAUACAUCAAAAAGGUUCUAGAUCCCGCCUUGUCUGACCACAGUCCACCUAUUCAGGCGCAUGUUGUAGCGUUUGUCGACCAUCUGGGCCAUCUACCACCCGAUGCACCGUCGAAUAACAUCCUUUGCUGGCCUCUGGUUGUAGCUGGGCUCUCUGCCGUGCUGAGUACACACCAGCGAGCCAUUAGCACAAGACUAGGACAAAUAUAUGACAUAUGGCGGUCCGAUAUACUUUGUCAGAGUGCCGCGUUUCUGCGACAGAAGUGGCGGCGUGAUCGGAGUCCAAAUCGCUGCUUCGCAUCAGCUUCACACAGAGAGCAGGAGAAAAAUCAAAAUAAGUCAACGGUUGCAGUCAAUGAUAUACUCAAACUUCAAUUCCCGGUCAUUCUGGUUUAG